AUGCACGCGAUCUUGUUCUGCCUCGCCCUCCGGCCAGCUGAGCCGGUGGGCUUCAUCGGUCUUGGCAUCAUGGGCCAAGGCAUGGCGCGGCGGCUGGCGAGUAGCGGCCAGCCGCUUCACGUGUGGACGCGAGGCGCCACCGCGGCAUCGGCGCUCGCUUCCGAGCACCCUGGCGCUGUCACCGUCGCCGAGUCGCCUGCAGCCGUGGUCGAGGCGUGCUCGCGCACGUACCUGAUGCUCUCCACGCCAGAUGCCUGUGAGGAGGUUUACUCAAUGCGAGGAGGCGUACUCGAGGGCGUCUCUGACGGGAAAGCGCUGAUCGACUGUGCAACGCUGCGUCCCGAGGACAUGGCAGCGCUCGCCGAGCGGGUGCACGAACGCGGCGGCUCCUUCGUCGAGGCGCCCGUCAGCGGAAGCAAGGCGCCAGCAGCCAACGGCGCCCUCAUCUUCAUGUGCGCGGGCGACGAGGAGACCUUUCGGUCGGCAGAGGCGGAGCUGGCGGCAAUGGGCAAGUUUACCGUAUUUUGCGGCACGACGGUCGGCGCGGCCUCGAAGAUGAAGCUGGUCGUGAACCUUGUCAUGGGAACGCAGCUCGCCGCCCUCGCCGAAGGGCUAGCGCUCGCGUCGGCGCUCGGGCUGAGCUCGGAGGACGCGGUCCUCGACGGCGGCGCGAUGGCCUCCCCGAUGGUCGCGCUCAAGGGACCAAUGAUGGCAAAGCGGGAGUACCCGACCGCGUUCCCGCUCAAGCACGCCCUGAAGGACAUGCGAUUCGCGCUGAAUCUCGCAGAGGCGUCCGACCUUCCCGUCUCGGCCUCGGCCACCGGCCUGUUCGCCGCGGCCGACGCGGCGGUGCCCAGCUUGGGCGACGCCGACUUUUGCGCCGUGAUGGAGGCCGCGAGGGCGGCCGCCGCGACAGGGUCGGUUAGAUGA